AUGCCUUUCUCCUUUCCUCUGUGGGCGCUGGAUGAUACCACGCCCUGGCAACUGCCGGUGCCCUUCGUGGGCCCGGUCCUGAGAACCUUUGGCGGCCUGCUCUUGCUGGCCAACGUGAACGCCCUCUACGAGAGGAUGGGAAUCUUCGGUUACCAGAAGGCAUUCCCAAUAUAUGCGUUAAACCUGGUUCUGAUCGGCUUGGUCUUCCUGGCCAUCAGUGUGUUCUGCUCUCGUCGUCUCGCCAACUACUACCAUGACUGGGUAACAGUUGGCACCACCCUGACAGUGACCAUUCUCUGGGUGGUCAUCUUUGCCCUCAACAUGGGCAUAGUCAUCGCUGGCUUCGUGAGGUGCAACGUCCGUCACCUCCGGAAAAAUUCCCCUUUGGACUCGGGCAGCUAUUGCCAUUUCUUCGGCAAUCCAGAGCUGGCCGAAAAGUCCGGGUGGGAUGGAAAGGCUUGGCCCGCGUACUACUGGGCCAACCUUGCUCUAUUCCUGAUGGUCGCAUUCUGGCAACUGCUCAACUGGUACCAGUGGUUCCGCAGAGUCCUGCCCAUUGUCCGUAAUAGAAGACGGCAAGAGGCUCGACAGGCGCGAAUUGACGAGCAGCGAGAAGCGGCGCGGAUAGAGCUCCAGAGGCAAGAGAGGAGACUGUGGAGGCACCGGCAACAGCAACGAAUGCUGCGAGACUUGCCACCUCCGACUCCGGCGGCCAUUGCGGCAUCUCACUAUGAAUUAGUAUGA